CUACUUCGGUUCGGAUUUCGGUUCGGUUUUUUCGGAUCGGGUUCGGGUGCCACUUCGGAUAUCGGGUAAAGUGCCCACCCCUAAUAAAAAGUAACAGAACAUACAAUAAAUAAUAUUAGCUUUUAAGAUAAGAUCAAUAUAUAAAGAAUUAGUAUAUAAGUCAUAUAUCAUUUAGGUAAAAUUUAAUUAAUGUAUAUUAUAAGAAAAUAAAAAAGUAAAAAUAUGUUUAAAUCAAAGUUUUAAGAUUCGGUCCGGACAUUUGGGUGAACCAUAGAUCAAUAGUUCAAUUAAUUGUAAUAUAUGAUUAUAUAUAUAUCAAUUUAAAAAUACAAAAAGGUAUUUUGAAAAUAGUAAAGUUUUUAAAUAUAUUUUUGUUAUUUUUUUCAUUUUACAUAAAUACAAAAUAAUAAUUUAAACAAUUUUUUAUAGCAAGUUGGAGUUACAACAUAUAAUAGAAAUAUUAAAAUUAAAUAGUAUUUAAAUAUCUAAUGCAAACAUUAAAUUAACUUAAAUUUUUAAAUAACAACUUAUUAAAAAUUGGGUUACGUAUCAGUCAUCCAUCAGUUCAACUUAUUAACCUCAAGUCCUAAGCAGAUGUUUCGGUGAGUUUUAUAGAGUUUUUAAGUAAUAGAUAUCUAUUAAAAUCCAAACUGAAUUAUAUAUCGGAUCAUCGAAUUCACCGGUUCGUCUACUGAUCUAGUUUAACGUUGGAUAUAAAGGCGUUGAUUUAAACAGAAAAGAAUUCAUAAAAAUUAAUAAAAUAUUUGUAACGUUGGUAAUGAAAUAUUUAAUUAUAAAAUAUUUUGCGCGUUGUAAGCGUUUCAAAACGCGGAUUAAGAUCUAGUAGACAAUUAAGAGAGGAGAAUCUCUGUGCUCAAAAGCACACUUUCUAAUAUCAUAACUCCUAAAUUUGUUCAUUAAAAUCGUUAGAACAAAGAGACUACAAUCAUGUAAACUUCUUCUUUCUCUGGUCGACACGGAAAAUUACAAGAAACAAAAAGUCAUCGUAAGCCAUUUGCUUUGAGAAUGAAUCAAUUUUCGCAGAUCCUCUAGUCCUUUAAAUAACAAGAACAUAACUAGCAAACUGUAUAUAUAUAUAUAUAUAUAUAUUGCAUAUGAAGCUAGAAUUUGCGAAGACGUGUUCAUAUAUAUGGUCGGAUUUAGCCAAUACAGGUUGCACUAAACGUUUCCAGAUUUUACCAAGAAUCAUUACACACAUGUAUUGUAAACAAAUAGCAUGCAUAUAUUUGUUAUGAUCUUUUUAAAUGCAUAAAUGAGAAGCUUACAGGUUUGGUUGUAAGUGAAAAAAAUACUUAUUCAGGUAUGAAAUACAUUAAAACGGUUUGACAUAUCACAAACUUUAGCUACGGAUUUGAGUCUUUGCAAAUGUAUUAGAUUAUCUUAAAUCAAAAUCGACAUAAACAUAAGUUUGGGUUUGGGUCAAAAAAAAUGUAUGUGGUAAAGUUACUUAUAAGGAUUUUUGAGAAUUGGACCAAAAAAAUUGCAGUUGAAAAGCCAAGACAUUCACCGAAACGUCUUCAAAGCCAGGCUUAAUGAAAAUUUCAUAAAUGAAAUUAAACUGAUAUCAACUUAAAAUCGAUGGAACACGAAGUUAAUGUGAAAUAAGUUUCAAGACUGACAAUUUACAGUUUCAGCUAAUCUCUAACAUAUAUAUAGAUGUUCAUGCACUUUUCCCUCUUAUAACACCACAGAUAAACUAGAAGCAAUAAUGAAGACCUCCAAGAGCUCCGUUGUCUUCUUCCUAGUCGUUCUUUCCAUUUCUGUUAUCUCCUUAGCCAAGCACAGCCCUCUGGAAGCUUGCAUAAGAAGUAACAUUGCCCGGUCACUCUCUCCUCCUUCAAAAACAUCUAAUUUCGAGGUGUCAGACGAAUUGUGCAGAGAUGAGGCACGAGCCAUCAUGUACUACUUGAGACUUAACAAAGAGUUCCCACCAUACUACGUCCAGGCGUUGUGCAAUAUAUUUGGAGAUGAUGAAAAGAAAGUGAAGGUAUACGUUACUAAGACAUGGUUGAAUCAUUCCAAGAAGCUCUUCAAUAGCUUAACAUGCAUGAGAAGAACCACCCUGGUAACCAAGAUUAAGAGCCCUGUGGAAGAUUGCAUACGAAGAAAAAUUGCUCUAUCACUCUCUCCUUCGCCUUCCCACACAUCUCAUUUCGAUGUUAUGAAAGACCAGUUAUGCAGAGACGAGACACGCAUUAUUAUGUUCUUCUUGAAAAUGAACGGGAAGUUCCCAACUUACUAUGUUGAGGCUUUGUGCAAUAUAUUUGGAGGCGACGACAAGAAAGUGAAAAAUUACGUUGUGAUGAAAUGGUUGGAUCAUUCAGAGAAGCUCAUCAAUAGCUUAACUUGUGUUUCUUGAUAAAAGAUAAUAUAGUUUUGAUGGAUCAAAACAAUUCAAAAAAUUAAAUAGGAAAAAACAAUUAACUGCUUUUCUUCACUACAGUUUUAAAAACCGGAUUGAAUGAUGAACCAAUAAAACAUAUGACUCCGGGUCCAACAUUGUAUUAAAUGCUCAAAAACAAAAUACUGAUGAUCAAUGAUUUUUUUCAUUCCAUUAAUGUCUUCCAACUUAUUAUUUUCUAAAUCUAUUUUUUUUGUUAUGAAUAUUGUGAUGUCGAUUAUAGAAAUUCUUGUUCAUCAAGAUUUACUUGUACUUGGUUUCCAAGCUAAACCUUCAUAUUAUAUCUCUAUAUAAUGAGUUCAUUUUUCAUGGAAUAAAACACAUCAAUUCUUUUUCUUCUCUUCUUAUUUACAACAUGAUAUCAACACGAAGCUCUAGCGAUCUUGAGUUAAUAGAUAUAAACUUUUAUUCUUGAUAUAUUUUUAGUUUAUGUUCAAUUCUUCUUCAAAUCAUGCUUAUUAUCAAUUCAUGGUUUGUAAGAGUGGAUUCAUAAUUCAUACGCAUACUUAAUUGAUUGAGUUAAUAAGUUCUUAGUCGACCAUAUUGAUUCGACCUUAUUUCAAAGAAUGAAAAUCAUUGUAUCUGAUGAGAUCGUAUCGACGUUAUAAGCUAAACUCAAUCUCGCUAAUUAUGUUUGAAUACGUUUGAGUAAUUGCUUCAUUACGGCUGCAAUUUGUCAUCAUACGCUAUUGUUCUUACAUAUGGAUUCAUAUUUUUAUUGUUAUUUUAUAUAGCUGCGUAUAGUCAUAACCAAUAGCUAUCUUAAAUAUUUUAUUGAAUAUAGCUGCAUGUUCAUAUCGUUUGUUUUUACUUGACACCAUGAUUAUUUCUCAACGUUUUGCAUCUAGUUUGCUUUAUAUAUUGGUUAUAAUUUACGGCUGUAAAGACAUAAUUGGUUAACUCAUUUUUCCCCUUUUUUGACGGAUGAAUAUAAUUUAAAAAAGCAUAUUGUUCAAUGUUUUUAAUGCUUAACAAGUGGUAUGUCAUCGAGUCAUAUGUUUGAUGGUUUAAUUUUAUAUAUGGCUGCAUCACAUAUUAUUAUUAUCUAUAUUAUUAAAGUUGAAGUACACAUUGAGAUUGUUUAGCAAUAUGGGUAGUAGUUAAAAAAAUAGUAUUGUUUGGACACAUGGAUAGCAGUAAAUUAGGAAAAAAAAUAAUGGGCUUAUGCUACUAAAACAAUUUGAAGUCCAUUACAAUAUAUUGGGUCUAUGUUACUUGAUAUAUAUAUUCAAAUAAAUAAUAAUUUAAAAUUAAUUUAUAUCAAAAAUUCAUUCAAAAAUAUACAUAUAUUCAAAAUUUGAUUUUUACUAACAUAUUUUCCAAUAACUAUUAUACAACUGUUUUCAAUAUAUAUAAGAAAAA